AUAAUGAAUAUUAAAACUCGUUCACUGAGUCGCUCCAGAAGAAAUUGUUCUCUGCAUUUUCUGCCACUAGGGUUAUCUUCCCUUUUGUUCUUCAACCUGUUCGUUUCAGCGCCUCGAUUUCCUCUGAAGCAGAGAAUUCAACGUCUUCAUUGGUGUUCUUCGUACACUAAUCAGGAUCCGCCUAAACCCUAACGUUUUCGCGGCAGAAACCAAUAGUUUCUGAGCAAAAUUUAAAGGCUCUGUGUCUCUGUAUUGGAAUUUGGGAUUGAUAUGGAGCAGCCUGUUGCGAGAUCGAGGGGUCGUCCGAGGAAACGGAGAAAGGAGGAUGAGAAGGACGGUAAAUCUGUUCCCGACGCUAAGAGGCAAGCGUUGGAGAGGAAACCAGUUGCAUUGGUUGGAAGGUACGUGCUAAAGAAGUUCCCUAGAAAUGGUGUUUUUCUAGGGAAAGUAGUGUAUUAUGAAUGCGGUCUUUAUAGAGUCAUUUAUGAAGACGGGGAUUUUGAGGAUUUAGAGAGUGCAGAAAUCCGUCCUAUUCUUAUAAGUGAUGCUGUGGAUUUUGACGUUGGUCUGAUAAAAAGGAGGACCAAAUUGGAGAAGUUAGUGUUGCAGAAUAGGGCUAAGGCUGCAGAUGUGGCUGAUAUGGCUUCACCAAAAUCCGUGAAAGAGGAAUCUGCUGUUGAUGUGACUGGUCCAAGUGAAUUGGAUGGGGGAUUAUCAGUUGAAAAUGAUAAUGAUGAAGAUGAUGGGGCUGAUGAUGAUUUGUCCAGUGUCUCUGUUUCUGAUGUUGAGACAGCGCCUUUGCCACCGCCGUUGUUGUUGCCACCUUCAUCUGGAACUAUUGGUGUUCCGGAGCUGAGUGUCUCCCAUCUUUUUUCUGUCUAUGGAUUUUUAAGAUCAUUCAGCACUCGAUUGUUUCUUCAUCCCUUUACUUUGGAUGAUUUUGUUGGUUCUCUUAAAUGUCAAUUCUCUAAUACUUUGUUUGAUGCUAUUCACUUUUCUCUGAUGCGGGUGUUGAGGCGUCAUCUUGAAACCCUGUCGCCUGAGGGAUCUGAGCUUGCAUCACAAUGCCUUAGGUGCUACGAUUGGAACUUGCUCGAUACGUUGACUUGGCCUGUUUUUGUCAUUCUGUAUUUGUUGGUUAAUGGGUUCACGAAAGGACCCGAAUGGAAAGGAUUUUACGAUGAGGUUUUUAGUGGCGAAUAUUAUUUGUUGCCUGUAAGUAGGAAGUUAGUGAUACUGCAAAUUCUUUGUGAUGAUGUUUUGGAAUCUGAUGAGCUGAAAACUGAAAUGAACAUGCGAAAGGAGUCAGAGGUCGGGAUGGAUUAUGAUGCAGAAGAUAUCCUUCCUGCAGAAACAGGCCCCAGAAAAGUCCAUCCAAGAUAUGCCAGGACCUCUUUUUGUGAGGAUAAAGAAGCUAUAAAAUUGGUUUCAGCAUCAAUUGCUGUAAACCAACCUUGUAACUCUAUUUCACAUUGCAGAGAAAUAGAAAGCACUGGGGAUGGGGAUGCUGAUAGAAACGGAGAUGAUUGCCGCCUCUGUGGUAUGGAUGGAACCCUUCUUUGCUGUGAUGGAUGUCCCUCUGCUUAUCAUUCAAGGUGUAUUGGUGUAAUGAAAAUGUUUAUACCAGAAGGACCAUGGUAUUGUCCAGAGUGCAAAAUCAACAUGGCUGGGCCCACAAUUGCAAAGGGAACCUCACUUAGAGGGGCUGAAAUAUUUGGAAAGGAUUUGUAUGGCCAGCUCUUCAUGGGCACAUGCGACCACUUACUCGUGCUUAACAUUGACAACAAUGAAGUUUGUCUUAGAUAUUACAAUCAGAAAGACAUCCCUAAAGUUGUCCAAGUGCUUUAUGAAUCCAUGCUGCACAGGCCAAUGUACUAUGAUAUUUGCAUGGCUGUGUUACAAUAUUGGAAUGUUGCAGAAAAGUUCUUACCCCUUCCUGCUUCAACUGAAACAAAUAUAAAGGAUGAGUCACAAUUUCCCGCUCCUUUACUUCCUCCUCCAAGCGAAGAGAACCAUAAGCCUGUUAGUUUGGUCCAGGGAGAGAACUCUCCAACCACUGCAAGUUUGAUUCACAAUAGUAAUAUGGUGUCUUCUCUUGAUGCAUUAGAAGUUAUAACUCAAAGUCCUGCUCUUGAUAGCAGCGGCAUUGCUAGAAGUGAAGAGGGCCUUACUAUGAAUAAGAACCUUGGUGAGGAAACUAGAAUGGAGGCAAUAAUUUCAGCUGGUUCUGUUAGUCAUCAGUCCAACCUGAACUUUCAGAAUUCUGUCAAUAUGUCAACUGCUAUAGAUGCCACUAAGUGCUCUUUGAUAAACAGUCAAUUAAGUAAUUGUGUCCAUGCAAAUGAUAUGGGGUUGCCUUUGAAUUUUUCUUCGCAAAACAAAGAAAGUGCCCAAUUAGGUUUUGGAAAGUCUGAAUACAAUGCAAAUGCUGAUUUUUGUUACAUGGGUUUCUUAUAUAAACCCAUGUCAUACAUAAAUUACUAUAUGCAUGGUGAUUUUUCUGCAUCAGCAGCUUCCAAGUUUGUCAUCGUUUCUUCAGAGGAAUCUAGGUCAGAGGGUCUUGUGUCAGACAGCCAGAAGAAAACUGCAUCAGCAUAUACUUAUAUGCAAGCAAAAGCAUUCUCACUAGCAGCUUCACGUUUCUUUUGGCCUAGUUCUGAAAAAAAGCUUGUGGAGGUUCCUAGAGAGAGGUGUGGUUGGUGCAUUUCCUGUAAAGCCCCUGUUGCUAGCAAGAGAGGGUGCAUGUUAAAUCAUGCUCUUAUAAGUGCAACGAAAAGUGCUGUGAAAAUCCUUGCUACUUUUUCUCCUAUAAGGAGUGGAGAGGGAAUUCUUCCUAGCACCAUUGCGACCUACCUUUUAUAUAUGGAGAAUUGUUUACAUGGUCUAGUAGUUGGCCCCUUCACAAAUUCAAGCUUUCGAAAGAACUGGCGUAAGCAAGUGGAACAUGCCACAACAUUUAGUGCUAUCAAGCCACUUCUACUCAAACUUGAGGAGAACAUUCGAGUCGUUGCUUUUUGUGGCGACUGGGUUAAGCUGAUGGAUGAUUGGUUGGUCGAAUUUCCCACUAUACAAAGUGCCACAUCUACUCUUGGAACAACUCAGAAACGUGCACCAAGUGGGAGGCGUAAUAAAAAGAAGUCAUCUAUUGAUGAAGCUACAGUUAAUGUUUCUAAGGAAGGUAUGUGGUGGCGUGGUGGGAAAGUUACCAAGUAUAUUUUUCAGAGUGCAGCUUUGACGAAAUCCAUGGUCAGAAAAGCAGCCCGCCAAGGUGGUUCUAGGAAAAUUUCUGGUGUUGUAUAUGCCGAUGGCUCUGAAAUUCCCAAAAGAAGUAGACAGCUUGUUUGGAGAGCCGCAGUUCAAAUGAGUAGGAAUGCUUCACAGCUGGCACUCCAGGUCAGAUGUCUAGAUUCUUAUCUUAGAUGGAGUGAUCUGAUUCGUCCAGAGCAGAACAUACAGGAAGGGAAAGGUCAAGAGACUGAAGCUUCUGCUUUCCGAAAUGCAAAUAUUUGUGACAAAAAACUUGUGGAGGGAAAAGUUUGUUAUGGAAUAGCUUUUGGGAGCCAAAAGCAUCUUCCUAAUCGGGUGAUGAAAAGUGUUGUUGAAAAAGAGCAAUUCCCAUUGGGAAAAGAAAAGUAUUGGUUUUCUGAAACUCGCAUUCCUUUAUAUUUGGUAAAAGAGUAUGAAGAAGGUAAUGAAAAGGUUCCAUGUGAAGAGCAGUAUAGUGGUGCAUCUCAGUUGCAUAGAAGGCGGUUGAAAGGUACCUGCAAAGGCUGCAAUGACAUAUUCUUUUACCUCGUUUGCAGGAGAGAUAACUUGGCAUUCUCGUGCUCUUCAUGUCAGAUGGGCAUUUCAAUUCGGAAUGCUCACAAGUGUAAUGCAUGUCAAGGUUAUUGUCAUGAGGACUGUUCCAUAAGCUCAGUCUUGAGACUCUCUACAAAUGGGAGAGUUGAGUGCUUGACCACAUGCAAACGAUGUCACCAUGCCAAGUUACUUGCUCCAAAUGUAACUAGCAAUGAAUCUCCAACCAGUCCCUUAAUCUUACAGAGACAGGAAAACAGCAGUGGGACUGGGAUUAUUUUUAAGGGACCAAGGCCAAAGGUCAGUCAUUCUGAUGUGAAACAAGUCAAUUCCAUGUCAGGUUUGAAAGGAUCUAAGCGUAAAUCUCAUGAUCAAACUUCGACUUCUACCAAGAAAAAGAAUAGUCAUUCUGACACAAAACAAGCCGUGGCUGAUUCUACUUUGGCAUCAAGCAACCGUCGCAACAAUAAUUGUUCCUGGGGUAUAAUAUGGAAAAAGAGAAAUAAUGAAGAUACAAACAUUGAUUUUACGAUAAAAAACAUAUUAUUAAAGGGAGGAUCAAACAUACCUGAUUUGUCUCCUGUUUGUCACUUAUGCAAAAAUGACUAUAGGUCAGAUCUAAUGUAUAUUUGCUGCGAGACAUGCCAAAAUUGGUAUCAUGCUGAAGCUGUUGAACUUGAAGAAUCCAAAAUUUCGAAUGUGUUGGGCUUCAAAUGUUGCAAGUGUCGCAGGAUAAAAUCACCUGUCUGUCCUUACCCCGAUUCAAAGCCAAAGUCAGAAGUUAAGAAAUCUCGCAGAAGGGCUUCAAAGAAACAACAUUCUGGACCUGAUUCUGAUUCUGGUGCAUUUAAUGAUAUGAGAGAGUCUGAACCUGCUACUCCUGUGUUUCCUGUGGAGAAUGAUCCUUUACUUUUCUCUCUUGCAAAUGUUGAGCUGAUUACAGAACCUAAUAAAUUAGAUUCGGAUGUUGAGUGGAACACUCUCUCUAUGCCAGGGCCUCAGAAAUUACCCGUGAGAAGGCAUGUUAAGCAUGAGGGGGGUGAUGAUGGUUCUGUUUCAGGAAUACCUUUUCAUGAUGAAUUUUCAACAUACAGUGAAGCAGGUAAUAUGUCCAAUCCUGCAGAUUCGAUAUUACCUUUGGAAUACGACUCUGCUGUUUUUGACAGCAAUCUGCUGAGCAACUCUGAGUUUGUAAAUAACGAUGACAACAUGUUUAACGAUAAUACCAUCUUUGAUGUAAAUGACCUGCUGCGCUCAGAUGACAGCCAGAUUGGUGAAGGUGAUGUGACUGGGGAAUUAUUGGGAUACAACAUGGACCAGAAUGAUGAAGGUGAUGUGCCUGGGGAAUUAUUGGGAUACAACAUGGAGAAUUCUGUUCCUGAAGAAUAUGGAGAUGGCAAUUUUUUCUGUUCUAAAUGUUUACAAACUGAACCUGGCCCUGAGUUUUUUUGUGGGACUUGUGGGGUUUUGUAUCAUGGCCAUUGUUUGCCUUGGCCUGAAUCAGCUUCCGAUCCUUUACAUUGGACGUGUCAGACUUGCCGGGAUUGGCAAUAACAUCUAGGUGUGUCAUCCUGUUGAGCUUUGUGCUGCUGGAUUUUGGAAGUUGUUUUAGCAGAGGUGGCGAGUUCUUGUGAAGAAUGUUGAUUAGACAAUCAUCGGAGCUGGGUCAAGGAGCUGGGUCAAUGAAUCAUGUAUGGAUUGGUUGCAGAUAGCUCACCCUGAACGGGUGAGUAGCUGUAGCAUUUGGGGGCAAAUUUAUUUUGUGCACUUUGAGACGUUAGUUGGCUUCCUGGGUGCCUAGAUGGCCCAAUUUUGUGAAACACAAAUCGAGUGGUAUGGUUUUCAGUCUGCAGUUUUUGGUUUAGUUGAUACUAUCCGACCAUGGUUUAUUGGCUGAUUUUAUUCUCUUGUCCGCACAUUGGAUUGUUUUUCCCAUUUUACAAUCCACAAAUUGUCCGAUCAUAGAGAGAAGCAGGUUUUUCCAAGUAUGGUGCUUUUCUCGCACAAUAAUUAUUUGUAUAGAUUAGAAUACUCAUUUUUUGAGUUUGGGCUAGAUGAACAAGCUGCACUCAAUUGAAAAAAGAAUUUCUAUACUGCACAUUCAUAUUCACUCACAAUGAAGCUCAAGUAACAGGUAAUUAUUGGUAUAAUUACCUGGUAUUUGACUAGUCAUACUCCAGCGAGUGUGUGACGCUUACUGUAUUGAUGUCCUUUGUCCAACACUAUUGAAUAGGUACAGGUACAGCUCAAACCUGUAUGGUUAAGAAGCUCUUUAUAGCGUCAAUUAUAAAUUUUCUAAAUGAGUAAUUCAGCGUUUGGAAAUUGAACUGAAUUAUUUCCUUUAAGAUA